GAGGCGCCCCAUAAGGGGCGCAGGCUUUUCCGCAGGAGGCGUCUGGCCGCUGCCGGCGCACGUGCGCGAGGGGCGGGACUUCCGGACUCCGCGGGACGCUGGGUAUGACGGCGGUGUGCGGCAUCUGGGGUCGGGCGUUUGUGGGGACCUCUGGCUUUGCUGUUCUCUGGACCCACCGUGCCGACCGCAGGGCUUCCAUGGGGCGCCGAAAAGGCAGAGAGGGGCGAACGCAGCUAGCAUCAGGGAAAAGUGCUGCCUGGGAACCCUCUGUUGACGCAGGCCACCAAGAGCCGUGGUUACUCCACAGUCUUUCCCGACCUCUUCCACCGAGGAGCGGCGGGUCACUCAAGCACUCUGCACUUAAAUCGCACUCUUCCUAGAUCCCCCUUUCUUUUCUGUAAAAUAGGGUUAGUCUUCCCUGCCCAUCACUGGGUUGUUGGGAGGAUAUAAUGAUGUCAUUUAGACCUUUGCAUUGCAGCUGUAAUUAAAGAAUGCUCUCUUGUUAUACUGUCACUGAAGAGCCAAACCUUAGAUGCAGAAACGGAUGUGUUAUGCGCAUUCCUUUACAGCAAUCACAACAGAAUGGGCCGCCACAAACCCCAUUUGGCCCUCAAACAGGUUGAACAGUGUUUAAAACGCCUGAAAAACAUGGAUUUGGAAGGUUCAAUUCAAGAUCUCUCUGAGUUGUUUUCUUCUAAUGAAAAUCAGCCUGUAAAUUCCAAAGCUUGCGUCAUCCCCAGCCAACCAGUGGUAGAAAUGGUGUUGAUGAAGAUUUUGGGAGGCUGCAAGUUGCUACUGCGCUUGUUGGACUGCUGCUGCAGGACAUUUCUCUUGACUGUGAAACACCUAGGUUUGCAAGAAUUCGUUAUUUUAAACCUUGUGAUGGUUGGGCUGGUGAGCAGAUUAUGGGUUCUUUAUAAAGAUGUUUUAAAAAGACUGAUUUCUUUAUAUGAGCCAUUGUUUGGAUUACUUCAGGAGGUCUCCAAGAUUCAACCAUUGCCUUACUUCAAAGGUUUUACCUUUCCUUCUGAUAUUGCCGAAUUUUUAGGACAGCCCUAUUUUGAAGUCUUUAAGAAAAAAAUGCCUACAGUUUUUGCAGCUAAAGGAGUAACCAAAUUGCUCAAUAAACUGUUUUUAACAAAAGAGCAAUCACAGAGGUCCAGUGAAGAAACUUUACUUAAAAUUUCCAAAAAAGCUAAACAAAUGAAGAUCGACAUACAGAAUAAUGUGGAUCUUGGACAGCCAGUAAAGAAUAAGAAAAUCUUAAAAGAAAAGUCAUCAGAAUUUGAUGUGAGGGCUUUCUGCAAACAGCUGAAACACAAAGCUAUGCAGGAACUGUGGCUCUCUGUGACCUUUGAAACUUCUGCAGUCCAUCCACCUGUUCCUAGGAGAGCUGGUUCCAGUUACUUGACUCUGAAACCAAGUAAAUUUAAGGAGACCAGUGUUGCAUUUAAAUGUUCUCAAGCCAAACUAAUGGCAACCAAACAUUCUUCUCAGAAAGCAAUAGGAACUUGCAUAAAAAGUUUUGUGCAAAGAUUCCGAGAGGCUGACACUUUCAGACAACUUUCUGAAGAAAUCCAAACGGCAAUUCUGUGGUGUAGGAGCAAAAAACUCAAGGCCCAGACUGCCUUUCUGGGUAAUAAACUUCUUAAAAGUAACCGGCUUAAACAUUUGGAAGCUCAAGGCUACAGUUUGCCAAAGAAACUAGAGUGCAUAAAAACCUCUAUUUGCAACUGCCUUCUUCAUGGCUCAGGUAUCAAAACUUCAAAGCAUCGUCUGAGACAAAGAAGAUCACAGAAUAAAUUUUCACUGAGACAAAGGAAACCACAGAGAAAGUUACAGUCAAUUCUUUCAAAGGAAAUCCAGCAGUCCCCUAAAGGGACCCAGAGUGCUACAGACAUCUUUAAAGGAAGACUCUCACACCCUGCAGUUCAUAGAACUGAUCUCUACCCUAACAAGCAGCAACUCCUGAGUACAGGAGUUUCAAAUCCUUUCAUACAAACCAAGGAGGAACAAACUCAUGAAAAUCUUAGAGGAAGCAAUGAAAAUGAAAGGACAAUGAUGCAAACAAAUAAACAUAAUACAUUAGGAACCAUUCAGACAGAUGACAUUGAUGAUAUUUUUGCUUUAAUGGGUGUUUAGAUGCUUUUAUAUGACUCUUAAGUGAUUAACCAGCUGAUCCAGUGUUCUGCUGUUGUAAGUAGAAUAGCUGAGGUCUGGAAAGAUCUGGAAAGUACCAUUUGGACUCAGAGGAGCUGUGUUGGUGCAACAUUGUACAGCAGUUCAUUUCAGUUCAAUAAACAUUUAUCAUAGCUUUGUGUUAUUUAAUAUUUGACUAUUAAAUAGUCAAAUUUUGACUUAAGACGUGAAGAAUUAGGUUUAAAAAACCUACUCUGUGCCUUCAGUAAAUGGGGAGUGGGGGUUGGGAAUAGCAAGGACCCAUCAUUUUAAAGUUUCCUUUUCUUUAUCUGGCCAUUUCCUUGUCUGCUUUCUGUAGGUUUUCUCACUUACCUAUUGUACCAGUGGUUCUCAAAUUGUAUGCUAUUUUGAGAAUCACUUGGGUUGUUUAAAAAUGCAGAUUGAGUCCUUUCCAAAGAGACUGAUAAACAUGGCUAGGGUACAGGGACAGAAGUCUGCAUUUUUAAUAAGGGGUCCAGGUGAUUUUCAUACAAAGUACCCCAAAAUGCAGAGUUAGAUAAGCUCUGGUUUAGCUUUCUUCUGCCCUGAAUCCUUGCUAAAUAUCCUGAUUUAAUUGAGUUCUUAAUCUCUAGUCACUUUUUGUUGUUUAUAUUUCUCCUGCUUUCCUACCAAGUGGUAGAACUACUUAGUGCCUUAAAACAUGGAAAAUAACCAAGGAAAUUUCAUUCAUAAGUCUAGAAACAGUCAUUAACUUUAAAGAUUUAAGGUCCAGUCUUGCUUCUGCUUUUAUUUGCACAUAACUCCACUAAGCCAGCAAGUUUCCCUGGCUUAGGUUCCUUCAUCUGAAGUAGCAUUACUGUCCAAUAAUCAUAAACUUUUACAGCGGGAAUAGACUAGAGAUUAUCCCUCAUGGAAAAAACAGUAGCUCAGUGAAUUGUCUAAGGAGGUAAAACUGGAUUGGACUAUAAGCCUAGCAUAUUUUUCUGCUUCAUCAGUUGUUCUUUUGAGAAUAUUUCUUCAUUUUCUCACCUCCUGCUCCUUACAAUUCUGGGAAAAAAUAGUAAAGAGCUUCAUAUGCUAAUGAAGUGACAAUUUAUAGGUAAGGAAUAUAGUAUUCUAUGUUAUUUUUUCCAAACAAAUUCAAGUGUUUUAAAAGUGAAAUCUUAUAUAUACAAACCCGUAACUUAGCCAGUAAAUUAGACUAGAAACUACUGUUAGCAUCGUCAUAGUGAACACCGAUUUAAUGACUUCUGGUGGCAUUAGAACAGUAAGGUCAUUUAUAAGUGCAGUGUGAGAGACCUCCCAUGUAUCACUUCAGAUCCUCUUUGGUCUUCGUACUUCAGCCAUUACUAUGGCAACCAGUUUCAAGUUGGACUGGGCAAUCCACCUUGCCUCUGUUCUGAAGGCUUCUCCCUGCCUCCUGGCUUCUGAGAAGCUAUAUGAACUGCUUGGUAUUUGGGCAUGUAUAGUGUAGAAGAGGUGUGGGCCCACCCUCUAACCCCCCCUUCAAAGACAAUUCAGAGGCACACUUCAUAAGGCUCCCUCAUGUCCCUCAAAUUCAAGCCCUAGUGCCUACAUGGUGUCCAACUCAAUGCAUCUUUGAUUGUCUUUCCUCCCACAUGUUUCAUUUCUCCAUCACUCCUGUUCCCUGAGAUCACAUCCUCAAUAAACUACUACACAUAA